UAUUUAUCUAAACACUCAAAUGAAUUUUCGUUUCAAAAGUAUUGAGAAGUGCACGGUUUCAAAUAGUUUUUAAAUCGCAACAGAAAAAUCAGACAAACAAAAGUGGAAAAAAAUUAUGUAUUAACUUAGGGAAGGAAAGGAUAUAAUUACAGCCAAUAAGUAUACCUCAAACUGAUUUGGAUGAAACAACGGUUGAAAAAUUGUAGACAUUAGGAACCAAGAUCUUCAUCAUGAUAUUGCCACUGCUUUUUCUGCAUGUUUUCUCCCUCGCAGCAACUACAUCGGCAGCCUGUCUAAGUAAGCAAGACAAAUACGUAAGCGGUGACAACACAGACUUGGAAGAAGCUCUUCGAUUUCUUCAGAAUAACGAUCGUUUGGCAGAAAAGAUUUAUAAUCGAGCUGCAAUAGCAUCAUGGAACUACCAGAGUAAUCUGACCGAAGCGAAUAAGAAAGAAUAUUUGCGAAUGACAGAAGAGAGGGCGAAAUUUGCCAAGCAAACCUGGAAAAAUGCCACUUCAUUCGCAUGGAAGAACUUCAAAGGAAAAAACGAAACAGCUUACAGAUGGUUCAGAGUAUUAUCUGUCUUAGGACCAGCUGCUCUAUCUGAAAAUAAGUUCAAUGAGCUGAAUAACAUAAUUGCUGACAUGCAAGAUGUGUACGCAAAAGCGAAAGUUUGCAGUUAUUUGUCAUCUCUUUUAGAUCCAUGCACUUUAUCAAUAGAACCAGAAUUAACAGAAAUUCUGAAGGAAUCCGACAACUAUUACGAGCUGAAGCAUGUUUGGUCACAGUGGCGAGACGAGACAGGAAGAAAAAUGAAAAAAAGCUUCCUUAGAUAUGUGGAUUUAUCUAAUGAAGCCGCUUGCAAGAAUGGUUUUUCUGAUGCUGGCGAAAUGUGGCGAGAAGAGUUUGAAAGUGACAAUAUCACAGACGAGUUCGAUCAACUGUGGAAAACAAUCAAACCAUUUUACGAACAACUUCACGCUUAUGUGCGACAAAAACUAAUUAAAAAGUAUGGAGGAAACAAUAUCAAGCAUGAUGGUCCGAUUCCAGCUCAUUUACUGGGAAAUAUGUGGGCUCAAACUUGGGGAAACAUUUAUAAACUUGUUGCUCCAUAUCCAAGCAAGAAAGCUGUUGACAUUACUGGCGCCAUGAAAGAAAAGAAAAUGAAUGCACGAGAUAUGUUUGAAAUUUCUGAAGAAUUCUUCACCUCACUUGGUUUGAUACCAAUGCCUGCAGAAUUCUGGAAAAAAUCAAUCAUUGAAAAGCCGACCGACAGAGACAUGGUGUGUCAUGCAUCUGCGUGGAACUUCUUCAAUAAGGGUGACGUCAGAAUAAAAAUGUGUACCAGAGUAGACAUGGAAGAUUUAAUUACAGUACACCAUGAAAUGGGGCAUGUUGAAUAUUACUUACAGUACAUGAAUCAGCCAGUUGUUUUUAAAAAAGGCGCCAAUUCAGGCUUCCAUGAAGCAGUGGGGGAUGUACUAGCUCUAUCAGUUGCUACCCCAGAUCACAUGGAAAAAAUAGGACUCCUCAAGAAUGCUUCUCAUGAUAAACAGACUGAAAUCAAUAACCUCCUAGACAUGGCUCUUGACAAAAUAGCAUUCGUACCUUUUGGUUUCUUGAUUGACAAGUGGCGAUGGAAAGUGUUUGAUGGCUCAAUAAAAACAACCGAACUUAACAAAGCUUGGUGGGAAAUGAGGCUUAAAUACCAAGGUGUCUGUCCUCCUCUUUUAAGAACGGAAAAAGAUUUGGAUCCUGCAGCAAAGUAUCAUAUUCCGUCAAAUGUUCCUUACAUCAGGUAUUUCAUAAGCUUUGUAAUCCAAUUCCAAUUUCACAAAGCGCUGUGUGAGGAAGCUGGCCAUAAAGGACCUUUGCAUCAAUGUGAUAUAUACCAAAAUAAGAAAGCUGGAAAACUAUUGAGUGACACACUGAAAUUGGGUAGUUCUGUAUCUUGGAGAGAAGCCAUGAAAGUGAUAACAAAGGGAAAAACUGACAAAAUGGACUCAUCUGCAAUCUUGGAGUACUUCAGACCUUUGUAUGAUUGGCUGAAAGAACAAAACAAAAAUGAAACCAUUGGUUGGAAAAGUGAUAAUCCAAUGGUGUGUCCAUACAAUAAUCUUUCUAUGAUGUUCCCUACUAUAGCCAUAUUUGACACAAAAAAGCUAUUACUAAAUUCUGGAACAAUCAAAGUCAGUAAUGAGGGGUUUCCUGAAGGAAUUAGCGGGAAGUCUGUGUCUUGCAACUGCAUUUGCGUCUGCAAGCGUGAUGGUGAUGUAAGAAUUUCCAUCAUGGUGUUGCGUGUUCUUCUGUCUGUAGUAGUCCUUGUAGCAAGUGUAUCAGCAGCGUGUCUAAAUAAACAGGACAAAUAUGUCAGCGGUAAUAACACAGAUUUGGAAGCGGCUCUUCGAUUCCUUCAUGACAACGAUCGCCAAUCAGAAAAAAUCGCCAAUAAAGCUGUGAUAGCAUCGUGGAACUAUCAAAGUAAUCUUACUGAGCAUAAUAAGAAAGAAUAUUUACGAAUGUCAGAAGAGAGAGCAAAAUUCGCUAAGGAAACUUGGAAAAAUGCAACUUCUUUUGCGUGGAAGAACUUUAAAGGCAAAAAUGAAACAGCCUACAGAUGGUUUAAAGCUCUAUCCAUUUUAGGAACAGCAGCUCUUUCUGAGCAAAAAUUCAUUGAGUUCAAUGAUAUCAUUGCUAACAUGCAGGAUGUGUAUGCAAAGGCUAAAGUCUGCAGUUACAUGUCAUCUCUUCUGGAACCAUGCACUUUGUCAUUAGAACCAGAAGUAACAGAAAUUAUGAAAGAUUCGGAUGAUUAUUACGAACUGAAACACGUCUGGUCCCAAUGGCGGGAUGAGACAGGAAGAAAAAUGAAAAACAGCUUCCUCAGAUAUGUUAAUUUAUCGAAUGAAGCGGCGUGUAAGAAUGGUUUUUCUGAUGCUGGUGAAAUGUGGCGUGAAGAAUUUGAAAGUGACAAUAUCACAGAAGAGUUCGAUCAACUGUGGGAAACAAUUAAGCCAUUUUACGAACAACUUCACGCUUAUGUGAGACGAAAACUAAUUACAAAAUACGGAGCAAGCAAUAUCAAGCAUGAUGGUCCAAUUCCUGCUCAUUUACUGGGAAAUAUGUGGGCUCAAAAGUGGGGACAUAUCUAUAAACUUGUUACUCCAUUUCCAAAGAAGAAAGCAAUGGAUAUUACUCUGGCAAUGAAAGAAAAGAAAAUGAGUGCAAAGGAAAUGUUUGAAAUAUCUGAAGAAUUCUUCACCUCUCUUGGUUUGAUACCAAUGACUCCCGAAUUCUGGAAAAAAUCCAUAAUUGAAAAGCCAACCGACAGAGACAUGGUGUGUCAUGCAUCUGCAUGGAACUUCUUUAAUAAGGGCGAUGUUAGGAUCAAAAUGUGUACCAGAAUAGAGAUGGAGAGCUUAAUAACUGUACACCAUGAAAUGGGUCACAUAGAAUAUUAUUUACAGUACAACGAUCAACCAGUAGUUUUCAGAACGGGUGCAAACUCAGGCUUCCACGAAGCAGUUGGAGAUGUGCUUGCUCUAUCGGUAUCCACUCCAGAUCACAUGAAAAAAAUAGGCCUUUUAAAAAAUUCUUCUCACGAUAGAGAAACUGAUAUCAACAACCUUCUCAGCAUGGCUUUAAGCAAAAUAGCUUUCGUGCCUUUUGGCUUUUUGAUUGAUAAAUGGAGAUGGAAAGUAUUUGAUGGCUCAAUAAAAACAACAGAACUUAACAAGGCUUGGUGGGACAUGAGACUUAAAUACCAAGGUGUCUGCCCUCCACUUUUAAGGACAGAAAAAGAUCUGGAUGCUGGAGCUAAGUAUCAUAUUCCAUCAAAUGUUCCUUAUAUCAGGUACUUUAUAAGCCAUGUGAUUCAGUUCCAAUUUCACAAAGCACUAUGUGAAGAAUCUGGAUAUACGGGACCUCUGCAUCAAUGUGAUAUUUAUCAAAACAAGAAGGCUGGAAAACUAUUGAGCGACACACUGAAACUAGGGAGUUCAGUAUCAUGGAGAGAGGCGAUGAAAGUGAUCACUAAAGGAAAGACUGAUAAAAUAGACGCUUCAGCUAUUUUGGAAUAUUUUAAACCUCUCUAUGACUGGCUAAAAGAGCAAAACAAAGAUGAAUUUAUUGGAUGGAAAAAUGAUAAUUCAAUGGUUUGCCCAUAAGUUUACCAGCAUUGAUGUUUUCCUUAUUCAGCAAUGUUUAUAUUACAUUAGAUCAGUAUUGUAUAAAAAAUUAUAAGCAAUUAUUGUCUAAAAAUUUGAUUUUUU